AAAAGAAGAUCUAUAAAUAUCAUAGUUUAAACGUAAGACAACCAAACAUAUAUAUUUUCAUAAUAUAAAACUGUAAAAAUAAUUAGUUUUAAUUAUGGAAGUGAAACAAGAACUGGAAGAUAUUUUUAUUGAAGAGCAAAAAUUUAAUAUUGAAGAACAUAAUAUCAAACAGGAAAACGACGCAUACUAUUUACAACAAACAUGUGAUGAUGUUAAAAUUAAUGAGAUGAUUUAUGAUGAUGACCUAGAGUGUAAAUUGGAAACAGAUGGGAUGCUCUUGGAUGUUACAAACUAUGGUGACAAUUUUAAUGCCAGCUCGAGUAUGGGGUCAGUCAAUGAUCAGGCGAGAUUAUUUAUUAAAAGGAGACUACAAAAGAAUCUAAAGUUAUUCACCUAUGAUCAAAUUAACUGUUUAAAGGAAGGAACUUUAUCUCGUCGGAUCUAUAUAAAGCUCAAAGGUAUUUUCAUUUGUAAGUUUUGUGGAAACUUAUACACUAAAAAAUUUGACAUCCUCCAUCAUAAUUUCACACAUUUUAUUAAGAAAUCUCGUCGAAACGUAAUUCAGAAACAAAAACCGUUAAAAUGUAAUUUUAGUUUAAUGCCGUUUUCUAAAACUACUAGUUUAGUUCAACAUUUACGUAACAGACGCAUUUAUCCUAAGUUUUUUUCUAUUUCAAUUGGAGAUAUUAGUAAUGACAAUUUCCAGAAACACACUGUUGAAAAACCACUGAAUUCUGAUAUUUCUCCAAAAUCUCUUACAACGUCUACAAGUUUAGUUGAAAAUAUUGAUAAAAAAACAUUUAAAUGUGAACUUUGCUUGCAAACUUUUUCGCAGAAACGUCAUUUGAAUGAACAUCAGCUCAGUCACACUAUAGAAAAACCAUUCAAAUGUGAUGUUUGCUUAAAAACUUUCUCACAGAAAUUUCCCUUAAAUAGACAUAUGUUGAGUCACACUGAAGAAAAACCAUUCAAAUGUGAUGUUUGUUUCAAAACUUUUUCAGAAAAACAUAAAUUGAAAACACAUUUUCUAAGUCACACUAAAGAAAAGCCAUUUAAAUGUGAUAUUUGUUUAAAAACAUUCUCGCAGAAAUUUUCUUUAAAUAGACAUUUGUUAAGUCACACUGAAGAAAAACCAUUCAAAUGUGACAUUUGUUUGAAAACAUUUUCAGAAAAACAUAAAUUGAAAAUACAUUUUCUAAGUCACACUAAAGAAAAGCCAUUUAAAUGCGAUGUUUGUUUAAAAACUUUCUCGCAGAAAUUUUCUUUAAACAGACAUUUGUUAAGUCACACCGAAGAAAAGCCAUUCAAAUGUGAAGUUUGUUUCAAAACUUUUUCAGAAAAGCAUAAAUUGAAAAUACAUUUUCUAAGUCACACUAAAGAAAAACCAUUCAAAUGCCAUGUUUGUUCCAAAACUUUUCCACAGAAAUUUUCUUUAAACAGACAUCUGUUAAGUCACACCGAAGAAAAGCCAUUCAAAUGUGACAUUUGUUCAAAAACUUUCUCAGAAAAACAUAAAUUGAAAAUACAUUUUCCAAGUCACACUAGAGAAAGGCCAUUCAAAUGUGAUGUUUGAUGUUUGUUCAAAAUCUUUUGCAUCUAAAUAUCCAGAAAAGCGGAGUUUGUACAACAAGAAACAACUGAGAAAACCCCAGGAAAAUUACACCGCCUUCAGUUGACGGUUUUGAGGGACAAAGACAUCUCAGUUUGUGGAGAGCUUACAAACAUUGUUCCUUAAGUUAACAUGAUGCAGUAUUCUGUUUCAUGAAUUUGUUAGAUUCGUUUGUGAUAACCGAGAGAUUAAAUUCUAGAAAACAAGCCAAGAUCUUGGCAAACAAAUGUUUCCAACGGAACUGACAAUAACUUAUCAACAAACCAACCAAAGUUCCCAAUCAUGUGACUUUGCUAGCUUCUUAGACCUAUUUCUAACAACAGACCCUGAUCUGCACAAUGCGACUGUAUAUACACCAAUUGGAACAUCAAAUCACUAGUUAAUUACAGCAACGUGUGAACUGGAAAUCCAAACUUAGGAUCCACCUAGAAUAUGUAAAGUUUGUCAUUAUAGGUCAAAUAGAAGCAUCUAAAGGAUUUCCUUGGAAUGUUUGCUUUAAUUCCAAUGGCCUCUUACUGUGAGCAAACGGGAUUUUAAGAGUAAUCACUCAUUCGAGUCAAUCAAAAACAAAAUUGCUGCUUAUCAUAAAAGGAGCACAAAUUCUAGUAUCCAGAAAUACAUACAAGCAGAUCAUAGACGCAUACAAUGAGAGAGUGAAAAGCAAACUUCUCAAUCUCCUAAAUGGUUCAAGAAAGUUGAAAUAAAUUUAUAGAAUCCAAUUUUGAUAAAGAACGUUCAAUUUUUGAUUAUAUUAAACCCAUAAAACACCAUUUUGGACCAAUUGAACUUAGAAAAACCAAUUUUUGACCUGAUUAAGUUUAAAACUUCCAAUUUUUCCAUAUUGUUUGAAGCACCAUAUUCACAACAUUCUGAUACACAGUUUCCAAUAUAUUGUUAUUUUCUUUUAGAAUUUAAUUAUUUGCUGUAAAUUAAGUUUAUAUUUUGUAAUAAUAAAUGAUAAAAUGAAUUAAUAAA